AUGUGGCAGCGAGCUUCCCGUGCCGCAUUUGCGGCAGCUUUACUUCUAGCCUCCGUUGCGAAUGCGCUUCCCCACGGAGAUGAUGAAGCGAUGGAUAUGGACAUGGGUAUGGACAUGAGUCACAGCGAGUCCACCCAGGAAUCGUCUACAGAGGCAAAUGACGAUUCCCCCAUGAGCUACUUCGCGUAUGGGAAACACGGCACCGCGAUUGCCGUUCACAUCGGUCUGAUGAUUCUCGCCUGGUGCUUCAUUCUGCCAACAGCGGUCAUGUUCAGCGUCGCACGAUCCCGUUUCGCAUUGCCGUCGCAAUUCCUUUUCUUGGUAUGCAACGCAGUGGGAUUGCUUAUUGGAAUCAUCUACAACAGCCAGACCCCCGAUUUGUAUGAGAACAACGCUCAUCACAAGAUUGGCUGGAUCGCAACCUGGGUCAUGAGCGCGCAGGUCAUCAUGUCAUUGAUCUUUGCCUAUGCUGGCAGAGGCGAGUCGGAGUCGACUUCUUAUGAACGGGCAGCGUUUCUUCCCGUUUCUACCGAUGAGAUGGAGAGCCCCCAGAUGUACUCUGGUAUCCGCCAUUCGUACCGCUGGUCGCGCGACAGUGGACAGGGCACGGAGAGAAACUCCUCUUCCCUCCACAGUCGCCCUGGGUCGCCUUCUUGUGCCUCGCCUUCGGGUGAGUAUGACGGUUUCGAAAAGCCCGAGGAUCCGCUCCCCGAACACUCGUCCCAACCGCGCGGUUGGUUCCGCAUCCCCUUCGCCGACCGAUUCCUUGCCAGUCGUGUGCCUCGUAUGGUCUCUACUCGGGCGCUUCGCAUUAUCUCGAUCAUCUAUGCUGUUAUCGACAGAAUUAUCUUGCCGUUUGGCUUCGUGGCUAUCGCGACCGGUGGUGUGACUUAUGGUGGUCUUAUGAGAGGCAAGGAGGUCUUCAAUGGUCUUGCCCACUUUAUCAAAGGAGGUAUCUUUUUCUGGUAUGGCCUUCUGACUCUGGGACGUAUGCUCGGCUGCUGGGCCGACCUGGGUUGGGCCUGGAAUGUGAAGCCGUCCAGUCCCAUUGUCGGUAAAUGGAAGGCCAAGAUCCCCACGGGUGAAUUCACUGAAUCGUUUGUGAUCUUCCUCUACGGCGUCACCAACGUUUUCUUGGAGCAUCUCACUAGUUGGGGUGGCGCAUGGACUGCCACUGAUCUUGAGCAUGUGUCCAUCUCCAUCAUGUUCUUCGGUGGCGGUCUCUGUGGUAUGCUUUUUGAGUCGAAGCGCGUCAAGGGCUGGUUGAAUAGCACGGUUCUCCAAUACCCCUCUCAUAUGAGUGCGCACACGUCGACAGAUACCGCAUGGCAGCUUCCUGACACCCAGGGCGUAUCACUGAACCCCAUGCCUGCGCUGGUCAUCCUUCUGUUGGGUAUGAUGAUGGGUUCGCACCACCAGGAUAGUAUGGUAUCGACCAUGGUGCACAAGCAGUGGGGUAACCUCCUGGUCGGCUUUGCACUGGCUCGUGGUAUGACCUAUGUCAUCAUGUACCUCAAGCCCCCGACCUCCUACCUUCCAUCUCGCCCGCCAACCGAGAUCGUCGCUGCUUUCUGCUUGAUUUCGGGUGGUUUGGUCUUCAUGCUUAGUACCCGGAGCGUGAUCCAAACCCUGGAGUACUAUGACCUCGACGCGAUGUUUGUGUUCACAGUUACUAUGGGACUGACCGCCUUCAUCAUGUCGUGCGAAAUUCUCUCCAUUGCCCUGAAGGCCUGGGCGGUGAAGCGGGAGUCGCGCCCUGCGCUGCCGCCUUUCCAGUUCCCGGCCUCCGCCUGA